AUGGACGGAUUCGAUGAGGAAGCUUUCAAGAAGUUUUUCCCGAGCAGCUUUGGCAAGCAAGAGAAAAAGACCGAUCUUACCGUGCAAUUCGACCGCUCAAAGCGAACAGAUGUGAAGUCGAAUGACGAGGACGAGGACGAGUUUCCUGUGUCCCAUGAGCUUGUACUCAAAACACACGAAAAAGCAGUGACAACGCUGUCAGUCGACCUUCCUGGAGGUCGACUUGUCUCAGGAUCUGCAGACUGUACGAUCAAGCUUCACGAUUUUCCAUCCAUGACUCCUUCCACACUUCGCGCCUUCAAAUCUAUCGACCCAAGUGCGAAGAAGAAUGCCGCCGCGCAGGAAACGCAUUCGGUCCAUUUCGUCGCAUUCAACCCGAUAUCGCCCAGUCAGAUGCUAGUGGUCCCCGCUACUCCUCAACCUAAGAUCCUUGAUCGAGACGGUAACGUGCUCACUGAAUUUGUCAAAGGCGACAUGUAUCUGCGAGAUAUGCACAAUACGAAAGGUCAUGUUUCGGAAGUGACUUCUGGGGCUUGGAGCCCAACGGACUACAAUCUUUGUGCUACUGCUGGAACGGAUAGCACUGUCAGGAUAUGGGAUGUCAACGUCGGUCGAAAUCAAAAAGAGGUUAUUGCGCACAAGUCUAGGGCUGCUGGUUCAGCCGGCAGGGCCAAAAUUACAGCUGUCGCAUGGGCGUCGCCUAAACAAGGCGGAGCUAAUGUUCUUGUUGCUGCUGGCCUCGAUGGAAGCCUGGUAAUGUGGAGUGGGGAUGGGCCAUAUACGAGGCCAGCCGCAGAGGUUAGGGAUGCUCAUACCCGGGGCACCUGGACGAGCGGGCUUGAUGUCAGCGCCGAUGGACGUCUGGUAGUAACUAAAGGAGGCGACGACACAAUUAAACUGUGGGAUACUCGCAAGUUCAAACAGCCUAUUACGAGUGUAACACAUCAAUCAUCUUCAAUCCACUAUCCGACAUCAAAUAUCAAAUUUUCUCCCACCGGGACCAAUAUUAUUACUGGGUCUGAAACGGGUCACCUCCAUAUCCUAAAUCCAGCAACAUUGAAGCCAGAGCUUGUAUCACCUGUCACGCCAGGGUCGCCUCUGAUUACGGUAUUAUGGCACGAGAAACUGAAUCAGAUAUUAACAGGGUCUGCCAAUGCGGAAACCCAUGUUCUUUAUAAUCCGACAAUGUCUACUAAGGGUGCUGUUCUUGUCAUGUCCAAGGCUCCCAAGCGCCGACACAUUGACGAUGACCCGAGCCUCACCACAGACAUAUCACAGGGGUUCUCCGGAGACUCGGUAGUUGUCGGCGCAAACGGCGUGCCUCAGUCUGCAGCACAGAGCUGGUCUGCACGUCACCCUACGAUUGGACUCACUGUAUCUGGCCGCCCGAGAGAUCCUCGCCGGCCGCAUCUCCCUGCACAAACCCCUUUUGCGAAAUCACAACCCGAUGAGAAACACAUCCGCGAGAACAUCCCUCUAAGCUCGAUGCGUGAUGAGGAUCCACGCGAAGCGCUUCUGAAAUAUGCUGAAAAGGCUGAGAAGGAUCCCAUCUUCACUAAGGCCUGGGCAAAGACGCAGCCCAAGACUAUUUAUGCGGAGGUUAGCGACGAAGAAGAAGAGCGCCCCGAAAAGAAGAAAAUGCGGCGGGAUAGGCGUUGUUCUGGUUCGACGGUUGGGCAUGAUUUGGUGAUGCGUAUGAUAGCACAUGCACAUGUUAUCACUAGCGUUCAGACGUCAAAUAAAUUAGCCGCCGGGCCCUUCCCAGAUGAGGAACUAGCGCGGCUUCUGCAAACUGCUACUGCACCGCCGAGGCGACGUCAAGGAAAACCUGAAGUUUGCGUCGCUCUGCUUUUCCUAGCACCUCCUAGGACGGCUCCGUUGAGGCAGAGAGGUAGCGCUGAAAAGGGAACGCCCGGAUAUCCUUCGCAAGCACUUGACAGCAAUGGGAUACACACUAUCCAGCAUGGCGCUAGCAAGACCAGUGCCCUCGGCCGAUACGCCCAUGUACGCAUCGAUCAGGAAGCCGAAGGCGAGCGAGUCCGUAUGAGAUCUCGGAGGCAUCUGUCGGCAAGCACGUACGGUUCUAUCGAUGUUCCUUAUAGGGAUGACCCAGACCAUGAGAGCUAUGAACAGUUUGAGAAUGGACAGCAUGCACAGGAAUAUACCAAUGAUCGGUAUCAAUUCUACAAUGAUCAGGAAACGGGCGACCCAGAUAAUACGGAUCAUUCUGUUAUUUCCGAUCAUACGUUAAGACCUAAUGACGGAGACGCAACACAUGGCGACCGCCCAAGUUAUCUACAUUCACCAUACUGGUGGGCUGGUAUUGUCUUGAUGUCUCUAGGAGAAUUGGGGAAUUUUCUCGCGUAUGGAUUCGCACCGGCUUCCAUUGUGUCACCCUUGGGAGUUGUUGCAUUGAUUUCAAAUUGCAUGAUUGCUCCAUUCUUGCUGAAGGAGAAAUUCCGAGCACGCGAUUUCUGGGGUGUUGUGAUUGCCGUCGCUGGAGCAGUGGUGGUGGUACUGAGCGCAGAAACCUCCGAGACCAAAAUCGGCCCGCAUGAUAUCUGGGUGAUGAUCACAAAGUGGGAGUUUGAAUUGUAUCUGGGCCUCACCACUGCGUUGAUAAUAAUCCUCAUGUAUUUGAGUGGAAAAUACGGAAGUCGCACAAUCUUGAUUGAUUUGGGCUUGGUUGGUCUGUUUGGCGUUGCGUCGCUACUCUCGUUUACAUUAUGGCAUGUAAUUACUUUUCCGAUUUCAUAUUUACUUGUUGCGGUGCUUGUUUUUAGCGCCUUGAUGCAAGUACGAUAUAUCAAUCGCGCCUUGCAGCGAUUCGACUCUACACAAGUUAUUCCCACCCAAUUCGUUCUUUUUACUCUUUCUGUUAUUAUUGGAAGUGCCGUUCUGUACCGUGAUUUUGAGUCAGCCACUUUGUCUCGAGCUUUGAAGUUUGUUGGCGGGUGCGCUUUAACAUUCCUUGGUGUUUAUUUCAUUACUAGUGGUCGAGUUCGUCAUGAAGAUGAGCUCAGUUACGGGGACGAAGACGAAGAAGCAGGCGUCAGAUUCCUCGAUCGUGAACGGUAUCGCGAUUCAAUUGAUGAACCCUCUGCUUUAGACCGAAGAGCACAAAAACCAAACAAUGUGGUUGUCAGUGGCCCAAGCCAACUACGCUCUUCCCGGAAUUCAACGCAUAGCACAACUUCAGAAGGCCAGAGCCUAAGCACCCCCAAAGGUCUCCUCUCCCCUGCGGGAUCCGACCAAGACGAAUCUAUAUCAGAAGAUUAUUUAUCCCAAGAGCUAGCCACGCCUUCACCACCUGUCCCUUCUCAGUCUUUGACUAGCAACCCUUGGGCUUUGUCCGAGCAUGCUGGGGAGCCUGACUCCCGGCCUAGCUUACCUGUACAGGAAAGCAUUCCAGCAACUCCUCAAGGUCGGCAGCUGCAAGUAGCACAAACUCCCCCGCUUCUUUUUCGCUUCCCAUCUGCUCCCACAACCGAUGAGAGUCCGUCGUCAGAAAUUACUGGACAUCAUGACCAAUCAACAAACUCCCUUCAACCACCAGCAGAUGCCAGGACACCUACGCAGCGACGCCGCAGUACUCCUCGCACUCCACAAUCUAGCUCAAGAAAUUCGGUCACUUUGCGACUGACGCUAGGCUCACUAAUUACACCCCUCUCUUCCACACUCUCUGCUGUAGUGGCAGAUUCUCUUUUGCGCGGUGAAGGCAAUUCGGUGAAGCAUCAACGCAGCAAAUCCGCCAAAACCAGAAGGUUGGCUGCAGCGCCGUUGAUAGCUGAUGCCUUCAAUGGUGAGAACCAUGACACGGGUCUUGUGGCCGAUAGUCAGCGCAUGGAUUCCACAACGGACAUACGGCCUAUAAACAGCAGGCAGACCACCAAUGCAGACGUGAUUAAUUCCAAGUCCGACACCAAUGCUGCUUCGAGUAUGCGGGCAAGGAGCUUCAGUGAUUCGAUUAGCGGUCAUUUGGCCUGGCUUGGAGGGACGCUCCUCGGCUCGAAGAACUCGUUCAGGGCAGCGCAGCAAAAUGAGGAUGUGCCAAGUUCCCAUGCUCCAGAGUCAUAA